UUGAAAUAGCUGAAUCUGAAAAUGAGCGGCAGAGGUAAAACCGGAGGUAAGGCGAGAGCGAAGGCUAAGACUCGCUCAUCCAGGGCGGGACUGCAGUUCCCCGUCGGCCGUGUGCACAGACUGCUCCGCAAAGGAAACUACGCUGAGCGCGUCGGCGCCGGUGCUCCGGUGUAUCUGGCCGCUGUGCUCGAGUAUCUCACCGCUGAGAUCCUGGAGUUGGCCGGAAACGCCGCUCGGGACAACAAGAAGACCCGUAUCAUUCCCCGUCACCUGCAGCUGGCAGUGCGGAACGACGAGGAGUUGAACAAACUCUUGGGUGGAGUGACCAUCGCUCAGGGUGGGGUGCUGCCCAACAUCCAGGCUGUGCUGCUGCCCAAGAAGACCGAGAAACCCGGCAAGACCAAGUAAACGGACUGAAGUCUGUCACUGAAACACAAAGGCUCUUUUAAGAGCCACACACUUGAACUAUGAGAGAGUGAAUUGGUCUUUUCCUCAGUUCAUUGGCUUAUUAAAUAUAAAGGAAACAAUUAAAAAUGGAUUUUGUGUGCAACAACUGCUGAUUACAUCCUCUUUUAAACGCCGUUUCUCUAAUAAACUGCAACAAAGUGUGGAUUGAAUUACUGAUGCUGUUGUUGGAUCCAUGUAGUAUAAAUAAAGUAACGUUGUGAAUUCAUGUAGUAGGGAUGGGCGAUACACUUUAAUUAGACUUUUGUUUGCCAUUUUAAUUAACCAUGUUAUUUAGUUAAACCAUAGUUGCCACCCCAUUAACAAAGUUACUAGGACAAUAUUACUUUAGUAAAUCAAUCGGUUCAGCUUCAUCUUUAGAUAUGUUAUUUGAGCGUGAAUGUACUCAAGAGUCAGUGGUGUAGUCCUGUCUGAAGAGGUGGGCAUGCUGUGAAUUUAUGCAUGUCUGAAAUUAAUUACAUUUAUAUACAGUUCAUGUAAUUGAGCAAUAAUUGCAGUUUCUUGUUGGCCUGGUACACUGCUAAGAACAAUGGUGUGGUAACUUCAUGUUAAAUAUGUAUUUAAAUUAAUAGGUGUCGUUAUUGUUCCUCAUUUGUUAAUACUUGAUUAUUAUUCUAACUAAUAAACAAAUUCAUAAUACAAUAUAAACUGUUAAAAAGUUUGUUCUGGCGGCCACACAU